CCCUUCCCUUCGCGCGCAUCCAGACGUGCACGCCCGCUCCCCGGACACGCAGGCACACGUGGAGGAGGCAUAGAAUAGAGCGCCAGGUCUCUCCGCAGCUGUCUGGGUCAGGCAAGCAGACAGGCUCGCCUAUUUUUUUUUAUUUUUUUUUACAAUCUGGAUUGACGCACACAAGGAAAAGAAACCUUUUGAUAUAUAGUGGGCGUGACUAUUGAAACACCCCCCUUCCUUGAAAUUCUAUUUCUUCUCCUUUUUUUGCCUGAUUCUUCCUCUGCUUUGCCACCGUCGAGUCCUCCAAUCCCGGUGGAUCCUCUUUUUUUUGUAUUUACAGCUGGGCUUCCUCGGAUCCGAGCGAGGGAUUUGCCGGCUUCCUUCUGCUUCCAAGGAGGUUGAAACAGAGACGCUGCUUGCUGUUGCUGCUGGGCAAGAAGACCUCGCCUCCUCCUCCUCCUCCUUCUUCUCCUCCCUCCUCUCCAUGUAGUCAUCCAGGGGAGGGACCCUCUUCCCCUCCCUUCUCUUCCCCUCCUCCUCCUCCUCUCCUCCUCCUCCUCCUUUCCCUCUUUUGCAAAGUUGACGUUCCGGGGACUGGGAAGGGCUGCCUUGCUUUGCUCCCAGAGCCGCACUUGGCCAGGCUUAAAGGAGGGCAAGGAAGAGAGAGAGAGAUUGGGGAGAAAAGAAGGAAGGAAGGAAGGGAGAGAAGGCGGUUGCCUCGCCUCGGACAACGAAAAGGAGCCAGACUUCUUCACUGAGAGAGAAGACCAGUUAUUACCGCAAAGCAACCGGCAACAAGCAACUCACCAACCAACCCUUCCUUAAAGACUCACAGCAAAAGGAGCCAGGCUUCUUCAUUGAGAGAGAAGACCAAUUACCGCAAAGCACCGGCAACAAGCAACCAACCAGCCAACCCUUCCUUCCUUGAUUCCCCCCCCCCCCCCCCCUUCCUUGUUUCUUUCGGCGUCCCGAGGCAAUCUCUGGACAUACAUCUUCCCUGAAGCAAAGCUAAAGGACUGCUGCGAACUCUCAAUCCUGGCUCGGUGCGGAUCCCCGUGGGUCGGGGCUCAUCCGUCGCUCGGGAAGAGCGAGCACAGCCUGCCUUGAAGCCAGGCAGAGACAGAGAGGGAGAGAGAGACAGAGAGACCAGGCGGCCAGGAAGGCAGGAGCAGCAGCAGCAGCAGCAGGGCGCGCAGAGCGGACUUUCUCCUUCCCGAGAGGCUUCCCGUCCAGAGGAGGAGAAGGGGAGCGAGAGGGGCGAAGGGGCCCCUUCGUGGUGCAUGUCUCGCCCGGGGCUCCUCCCGCCGCCCCUUCUUUCUCCGCCGCCCGUGGCCGCCUCUCGCCUCCUCCUCCUCGUGGCCGCUGCCGGCUGGACUCCUUCUCCUCCUCCCUUUGUGUGCGCCUUGUGACUCGCCCUGCUCCUUUCCCCUUCCUUCCCCUUUGUUGCCCUUGUUUUUUGUGUUGUUUCCCCCUCCUCCUUUUCCCUCCUCGCCAUCCUUGGUGCUGCGUCUCCUCCUCCUCCUCCUCCUCCUUCGUGGCCCAGAGGAGGGAUGCUGCACGUGGAGAUGUUGACGCUGCUCUUCCUGCUGCUCUGGACGCGCGUCUUCGGGCAGGACCCGGGCUCCAAAACCGUCGCCGACCGCUACGCCGUCUUCUGGAACAGCACCAACCCCAGAUUCCAGAGGGGUGAUUACCAUAUUGAUGUCUGCAUUAAUGACUAUUUGGAUGUAUUCUGUCCUCAUUAUGAGGAUUCGGUGCCGGAAGAUAAGACUGAACGCUACAUUCUUUACAUGGUGAACUUUGAUGGCUACAGUUCCUGUGAUCAUACCUCCAAAGGAUUCAAGAGAUGGGAGUGCAAUCGGCCUCACUCGCCAAAUGGACCAUUGAAGUUCUCAGAAAAAUUCCAGCUCUUCACUCCCUUCUCAUUAGGAUUUGAGUUCAGGCCAGGCCGGGAAUAUUUCUACAUCUCCUCUGCAAUCCCAGAUAAUAAUGGAAGGAGGUCCUGUCUAAAGCUGAAAGUCUUUGUACGACCUGCAAACAACUGUAUGAAAACUAUAGGUGUUCAUGAUCGUGUUUUCGAUGUUAACGACAAAGUAGAAAAUUCAUUAGAACCAGCAGAUGACACUGUACAUGAAUCAGCUGAGCCGUCCCGUGGGGAGAAUGCAGCGCAUACACCAAGGAUAUCCAGUUGGCUUUUGGCGACUCUACUGUUCCUCCUGGCAAUGCUUUUGACGUUAUAGCACAUACUCUAGCAAGCUGUCACAGACAACACCAGGAUCUUGGAACAUCAAAGAUCCACUUAUCUGCUCAUCCUAAGAAUGGGACUUUAUAUUGCUUUUGCAGUUGUUGGUUUUUUUCCUCCCCCAAUCUCCACCCCUUCUUCCUCUGCAGCCUGAACUAUGAACAAAAAUGGGAGAGGCCUUGCUGGCCCUCUUCCUGUUCCCAGUCUUUCCCCAGCCUUCCUUGACCCCUUCUGAAAUAAAAGGACUCCAAAUGAAAAUGCCAAAUUUCAAUAUUGACACUAGUGAUUCUUACUUUCCUCUGCAGCCUCUUGCGAUACCGCCUCCGUUAGCUUGCUGAGCCAUCUGUGUGUGGAGAAGAAAGAGUAAUAGCAGAUGCAGGCAGUUGGAGGAUAAGGAAGUUCUUUGGAAGACCAAGAGGAGUUUUUUCUUUACUCUCUUCAAUACAAUAUUUAUUCCUUCUUGUUCAGCACUGUAAGAUGAUCGCGCAAGGCACUGUGUCACCAUGUCAGGACUGGAGGGAAGAUAUUAAGAAUAGAUCUAGCAUAACACCAUUUCCUCCAGGAAUUUCUCAGUGAACAGGCUUCUCAGAGAGAAGAGAUACUCACUCUUUUGUAUGCAACUGCCUUGAAACAUCGUUGACAGUAGAACUUGUGCUCCACAACAGAAGCUCUGUCAUUAGGGGAGAAAAAAGUGACUACUGAGAAAUGCUAGCACAAGCAAGGUCAGAUUUAGGAAGCUAUGCUGGAGUGUGAGUGCCUCUAUUAUCUCUCUAAGUGGAUAGUGCACACCAGAUUACUUUUCUUUUGAAACAGAUCACCAUGGUGCUAUGACAUAUAUAUAUACUUGCCCUUCAAAUGCAAAGAGGCAUUUUCUGUAAUCUUUUUCCUUUUCUUUUGUGUGUGAAUAAAGUGACCUUUCCCAAGGCUGACCUACUAGCCAAUAGCCUUGGACACCACUCUGGGUGAUGAUGCAUGCUUAGACGAUAACACUGGGUGAAAUAAGCCUGAUAAAAGGUACAGAUUCCCCAGAGUAUUCAUGAUGUGCCUCCCUUGAAAGUUUGGCAAUCAUUGGAAUAAAAUGCUGCCAGAGAAGGACCAGGACAGGAUGGGAAUAGGGGUGAGUAAUGAAAAGAAUAGGAAAAGUAUGUUGAACUUUGGAGUGAACAUGCAGGCACAGGUUUUAUAUCUCUCUUCCUUUCCAACACAGUUGAAUAGUAGAGGAAAUGUCUUCAUCAGCAGGAGAUCAACUAGAUGGACUCCCAAAGACCUUUAACUAUUUUUUUUAAAAGAAUCCCCACUAGAAUAGAAAAUACAUUAUUUAGGUAUACCUUAUGCUGAAAGUAAGUAUAUAUGCUUGUCCUAUUUAAAGAUGAUUAAAAGUGGUAAGAUUAAGUUAAAAUUAUGUGAUGCUGUCUUGUCUGGUUGAAAUCAGGGGUUGAAUACAGCCUUGUUAGGGUCUCAUAAACCAUUUACCAGGAAAUGCCUUCUCUAUGGAUUUCCAUUGGCUUACAGUAGGCAGGCCUUAAAUUUCACUUGCAAGAAAUUGAGUAAUGAAAGAGACUAUGGAAACAACUGUUUUGGAAAGUUACCUUCCUUCCCCCCUCAGUUUUCCACCCUACAAAGCCUUACAAGAAAGGGAUUAGGUUCCACUGUAUUUUAACAAAAUAAUGUAAUCAUAAUUGAAUACUAAGGUCUAAAUGCAAUUGCUGAUCCUAACUAGAACAGACCUAUUGAAUGAAUGGGAACUUGGUCAACAGUAUGAAUUUCUUUGAAUAGGUCUAUUGUUAUUGGGACUAAGUUAUAUUUAGGCCUAAAUUACCAUACAAACAGAUAGCAGUUUGUAAAUGUCUUUUUUUGUGAGAAAAAAAUGCAGAUUUUUAUUUUUUGGCUGAAGGAUGUUUAGAUCCAAAAAUAUCAGAAAAGAAAAAUAAAUACAUUUAAGGCACUCUGGGCUUGCCUGAUACCAUAUGACGUGGGCUGCAUUUGUAAGCACAGAGAUGCCUGUUAUUGCACACAAACCAAAAGUGUCACAAUCCCCACCGAGGGAUGUCACUACUUUCCUCAAAAUACAAUAUAUCUUCUCUAGUGUAUAUACUUGGUGCACACAUAGCUAGAAAAGAUCUUGAAGACCGUAAAGCAAGAUGAAGGGAGUACUGUACACCAAACACCAACUGCAAACCUGAGUAGUACUGAUUUAAAAAAUAUUAUUUGAUGUUGACAAGGAUGAUAGCUGUUUCCCCAAUUUCAUCUCUAAUGAUAGACUGGACUCACUUUUGUCUCAAGAGCACGUUUUAUAAAAACACAAGUUUUCACCGCAGUGAAUUCAGCCCUUUGCUUUGCCACAGUGCCACUGGUAAAUCUAAUGUAUAAAAGUGACCGUGUAUUACAGUCAAGAGCCUAACUGCUGCACUGCAUCAAAUGCAAGCCUUGUGGGCAGUAAGUUUACAGGACCUCCAUCUUUUGGACAACACUAUGGCAUCAGGCAACCUCAGUCUGAAGGUGUUUUGAAUCUCUGGUGUGUGUGUCUUCUGUUGGCAUCUUCAAAAAGUUGCCAGUGUGAAAGUUUACAGCAGCUCUUGUCCCCCAGCAUGAAACUGAACAUGCAGAAUGCCACCACAAUGGCCCCUCAACCCAGGCAAGCUGGCCCUGUGUCAUCUACUCCUGGUUUGCCAAGGGCUUUGCAAAGGGUAGCAGGGAAAUAAGGAUUUUGAUCUGUUUGGUGGAUACUGUGUAUCCUUUAAUAGACAACAAGGUAACAUUUCGUGUUAGUUUAGAGAAAUUGUUUUGUACUGUACUUUCUUGGAUGGCGAAGGAAAGACAAGUUAAACAUAAGAAAAAAAUGCAAUGUUCUUUAAAUUCUGUAUUAUUAGCAGCCUCUGUUGUAUAUAGUGUUUGAUAAUAAAGUAUUAAUUUGAUUCUUAUGUCUUUUGUAAGUGAGAAAAAUAGACUUUCAUGAUAUUAAAAAUUAAAUUUUAAAAAAAGUAAACCUACCAGUUAUAUGACAGAUGCAGCUGUCAUGGCUAUCAAGAACUGAAUAACAAGUAGCCACAACAGGCCAUCAUGCAGGAUUCACCCAUGCGACCCAUUCACCCAGACGCAAGAUUUCACAGUGUCAGGACUUGGAGCAGUGUGGCAUUUGAUGAUCAAUGUUUUGUCCUCAGUGUUAAUGGUCGGAAGUAGGAGUCCUCUGCUAACCUUUCCUUUUGAGGUUGGGUUUCCAUUAGCAUGUAGAUUCUUGAAGGCUUUGGGAUUUAAUUCUUUUUUUCUUUUUUUUGGUCAGGACGAUGAUUUUCCAGUUCUUUAUCUUUUGCUCAUUUGUUUUCAUUGGAUGGUUUGUUUCAAAAGGGGCCUUGCCAGCAUCAUAUGUGAUAUGUACAUUGACUUGAUUUCCCCAAACCAAUAAACAACACGGUGUGAUAGGGGGUCAUAUGUAAAUAAUUUUCUUUCCUAACUAAUACUGAGGGAAAGGAACAGUAGCUGUUGAGGGGAUCUGAUCAUUUUUAUAUAAAAAACUGAUAUUUAUCAAAAUUGCUUUACAAAAGCAGUGGCUGUGUCAGUUUUAGAAGUUUUGAAAACAUUGGACUCAUUCAUACUGCAAUCAGUUUACAUGUAUUCGCUAGUUUUACUUUGCAAGUGCCCUGUAUCAAAUCUGUUCUUUCUCUUCCCUGUUGCCCAACUCCAGCAAGUUCUCCUUUCUCCUUCCACCCCUUUUGGAAUUCAGAGUAGUGAAUGGGCAGAUCUGUUUCUGAUUUGGCAUUACCAAGUUUUUCCCAUGCAUUCACCCCCGGGUUUUUCGGAUGUGAGACAAAUCUCCCUACAAUGGGCUUGCUGCCAUUGUCUGUACAGUUUAAUAGAUGCUGGCAUGUUGGAGGUUACCCAUGAGUUUACAAAAUCCGCUUUCCAUACUUACUCUUGACACCCUAUUAAAACCACUCAUUGUGUGUCCUUCUGGGUAUGAAAGUCCAGCUCAGUGUGGUCCUGUGCUUGUACUGCCCUGCUUUGCAGUUUCUUUGCACUUAUUCAUUGAGUGCUGUUUUUGAAAUGCUUACAUUAUAUGAACUUAAACAGAAAUUGUAAAAAAAACAACAACCCGAAACAAACCCAUACAAUCUGUAUUUGUAUAUACACGUGUCCGUACAAUUAUAUCUGAAUAAAAAAUUUAAAGAUUUUCA